CUGAACCGAGGUGGUUGCUACGUAGUCGGUGAGGACAACUUUGAAGGCGAGCAACCAUUUUGAGCCACAAACAGACUCUACGAUAUUCUUUGUAAACCGUUGCAUAAACACUCAAAAUGGAUGAGUACCAAUCUGCUGAAGAAACCUCGUUUGUCGUCGAUGAAGUUAGCAACAUAAUUAAGGAAGGAAUCGAAGGCGCUAUCGGUGGAAAUGCGUAUCAACACAACAAAGUCAACCAAUGGACCUCAAAUGUCGUCGAGCAAUGUCUAAACCAACUGACCAAGCUGGGAAAACCGUUCAAGUACAUCGUUACUUGCGUUAUCAUGCAGAAAAACGGAGCAGGUCUACAUACUUCGAGCUCGUGCUACUGGGAUAACACGACCGACGGAAGCUGUACCGUGAGAUGGGAGAACAAGACCAUGUACUGUAUUGUCAGUGUGUUUGGCUUGGCUAUCUAAACUCUCUCGUAAACAGAUAUUAUUUUCGAAAGAGGGGCGCGAAUUUCUACAACAUUUUUUGUUGUUUUGUGUACCUAAUUCUACGUUAUAUUUGCUGCUCCAGGGCUUCAUUUUACCCAUGUUUUGUGAGUCGUGUAUAUCUUUACCCUGUGAUAUAUGUACCAUGAGGAAUGGAUGUCUUAUCUCAAGGAAUUUAUAAAAGAAAGUUGUUUAUAGAGGAACUUUUCAUGACAUAUGUCUUCAAGAUGCAAGAUACAACCAGGAAAUUAUCACUUGGAUAUAUCUUUGUGACCAAACAACUGUCAAGACUGUUCCAAUAAUAGUACAUAGGUCCCAAACUUUUUAUAAGAUAUCCAAUCUAAAUUUAGUUUUUUUUGUAGCCAUAGUGUAAGUUAUUUGUUAAUUAUUGUGCUUAUUUCUUGUACUAUUGUUGCAAAGUGUAAAUCCAAAUAUUAAUCACAUUUUAUUUUACCCAC